AUGGCUUUACAAGUUAACCUCCCGCAGAUGAAGUCGAUCUGGAUCGACGAGGAUCAAGAGGCGGAGAAACUGUACGGGCUUCAAGCCCAACAUCUGAUGGAUUCCGACGGCGAAGACCACGUUGACGUGGUACUCAUCAACAGCAACAAACCACUCUUGAACAACAAGGAAAAAAUCGAGCUUCCACCGCUACUUCCAGCUGCCUAUAAACCUAGCCAUAAUAAGAAACAACCUCUCAACAAAAUGCACGGUUCAAGCACUUUGAAGUCAAAAAAAAAAACUGGGAAGCUUUUCAGUCUCUUCAAGAUGAAAGAGACACGCGGCAGUUCGAGCCAUGCAAAAAUCUCAGUCCCAUACAAUUUCCAACACAUAUCGCAUGCUGACCUGAAAAACGUGUUUGAAGGCGAAGAGUUGGCUUGCGAUGUUGAGGCUAGCCCUGCGUUGCUCAACAAAGCCUUCGUCACAGAGAGUGCGCCAAGCCAGCAGCCUCUCCAAGCCAGGCAAAGGUCUGCUGGCUCAAGCUUAUCCGCCUUGCGUCGUUCUAGCUCCAUAGCCUCUUCUCAGUACUCUAGCAGAUCUGCUCGGAUAGUGUCUACAUCAACAAUGGCAACCUCUGUAGGUGGCGACGACUCGUGCAGGUCCCUGAAGAAGCUUGACCACCUCGAGAAGAUGCACUUGAAGCAUAGAUAUAAUAAAUCAGAUGCUAGCAGUGUUUCAGUCGAGUUUUUGAAGAACUAUGAUUUCCCCACUGUCCUGGAGGACAGUUUAGUGGAAAUCAAAACUCCAGAAAUGUGCUCCAAACAGCACGACAAAUUUACAUGGGAGUCGCCCGCCGACACAGGCGCCUUGCUAGAAACCAUGAUACAAGCCAAGUGUCCUAUGCCUCCCAGUGCCAGCUCCAGAAGAAAAUCCGAUUCACAGUUAGUAUUUUCGCCCAUCUCAGAGCAGCGCGCAUCCUUCUUGGAUACACCAAGAACGCGGAAAUCAGUUGAUGAAGUGCUAUUAUGCUACCACCAACAGAGCGAGAAUAGCUCCGAACUCCAGGAGCCUAGUGAGUUUUCGUUCAGCCAGCGUUCCAGCGCGGCGAACCGCAACUCUGUCUGGGACAAAGACACGGAAACUUUUGAGGUUUAG